AUGGAAGGAUCCAGCGGCUCUAGUUUUGGAAUAGACACUAUAUUGUCCAACGGUUCCAGCAGCCCGGUGCUGGGGAACAGUGAUUUCUCUCACGGUGACAGCAGGACUUCGGAUUUCCGAAACCAAAAUUCGCCGUCCCCGGGCUCAGAGAUCGACACGGUGGGCACGAUCCCCCUCUCGCCGAUUUCCAUGGAGCAGACAGAGGUGCAUCUCAGCGCCGAGAGCCAGCGCCAUCAGCAGCAAAGUUUACAGCCGCCUCCUCCUCCUCCUCCUCCUCCUCCACCACCACCGCAGCCGCAGCAACUGGCAGGAGGCAGCUCUGUCCCCAGGACUUCCACAUCUUCUUUCUUAAUUAAAGACAUUCUGGGAGACAGCAAACCGCUGGCAGCCUGUGCCCCUUACAGCACCAGCGUCUGUUCGCCCCACACCCCCAAACCAGAGGCUGAGCCUUUCAGGCAAAAGACGGAACCCGAAGAGGGUAAAAACCGGGAUAAGCGAGAUGACGGUCAAAGCGACAGCCUCAAAUGCAACGGAACAAAAGAGGAAGGCGACCGAGAAAUCACCAGUAGCCGGGAAAGUCCGCCCGUGCGGGCGAAGAAGCCGAGGAAAGCGCGGACUGCCUUCUCCGAUCACCAGCUCAAUCAGUUAGAGCGCAGCUUCGAGCGGCAGAAGUACCUGAGCGUGCAGGACCGCAUGGAUUUGGCAGCGGCUCUGAACCUGACAGACACUCAGGUCAAAACCUGGUAUCAGAACAGGAGGACGAAAUGGAAGAGGCAGACAGCUGUGGGACUAGAGCUGCUAGCAGAGGCCGGAAACUACUCCGCUUUGCAGAGAAUGUUCCCAUCGCCGUAUUUCUACCACCCUAGCCUGCUAACUAACAUGGACUCGACGGCGGCGGCGGCUAUGUACAUGUACCGGACUCCACCGCCUCAUCCCGGACUGCAGCGGCCGCUUGUGCCCAGGGUCCUGAUCCACGGGCUGGGGCCGGCAGGACAGCCGGCUCUCAACCCCUUGCCCAAUCCUAUCCCCGGAACACCACACCCCCGGUGA